UCACGAAGGCCCAUUGAAGAUUUGCCUCAUCAAAAUUUACAUAUAUACUUGGAGUAGAAAUGGACGAGAAUACUAUUUUAGAAGGAUUGAAGAAGUAUUUCAAGUUCGAUGAGUUCAAAUCUCAACUUCAGAGGGAUGCUAUUGUUGAAAUUUGUCAAAGGAGGCACGAUGUCCUGGUAUCUAUGCCUACAGGUUCAGGAAAGUCUUUGUGCUAUCAACUGCCUGCUAUGUUGUAUGCUGACAAAAUUACAAUUGUCUUCUCACCACUCUUAGCUUUGAUAAAGGAUCAAAUAGACCACAUGCUUUGUUUAAAGAUACGAGCUGCGUCCCUAAACUCCAAAAUAAGUAAAGUAGAGCGGGAAGCUCUAAUCGCAGAUUUGAAGUCUACUUCCCCAAAUACUCGGUUAUUGUAUGUAACUCCAGAGCAAGCGGCGACAGAAACAUUUAAGGGUCUCUACAGCAACCUGCAUAAUUUCAAUAAACUUGCUUAUUUGGUGGUUGAUGAGGCGCAUUGUGUCAGCGAAUGGGGUCACGACUUCAGGCCGCAGUAUUCUAAGCUCGGCCAAUUGAGGGAACAUUGUAAUAUUCCUUGUAUAGCUUUAACGGCGACUGCUAGCGCUGAGGUAACGAAAGAUAUAAUAACCAGUUUGAGGCUGGCAAACGACCACAAAACCUUCAAAACCUCGUGUUUUCGCGAGAAUCUCUUUUAUGACGUUUUUUUCCCAAACAUUCUUGAGGACCAGUUCCAACACCUCAAAACCUUCAUAGACGAUUGUUUGAGGGUAAAAGAAGAAGAGCACUUACCGAAAUCGAAAAGAUCCUGCGGGAUCAUUUAUUGUCGGACGAGAGAUCAAACGGAGGUUCUUAUGGCGCGCCUGAACAAGCUGGGCGUGAAAACUCUCUGUUACCAUGCCGGUUUGAAGAAUCACGAACGGUUAGACUUCCAAAACAAGUGGCAAGACGGAGAUGUGCCCGUAAUUUGCGCCACCAUCAGUUUCGGGAUGGGAGUUGAUAAGUCUACGGUUAGAUUUGUCGUGCACUGGGGCGUUCCCAAAGACCCCGCUUCCUUCUACCAAGAAUCCGGAAGGGCCGGGAGAGAUGGCAAGCCUUCCAUGUGCCGGGUGUACUACAAUCGCUCCGACAGAAAGGCUGUAGAGUUCCAUUUGACGCAGGAUCUUGCCAAGGCUGGGGGUCGCGAAGAAAGACGUAAAACGGCGGAAAUUGCAAUCAAGGGGUUCAGGAAAGUCAUCGAGUACUGCGAAAAUCCCACGCAAUGUCGUCAUAUGCUGUUUUCGAAUUAUUUUGGGGAGCCUCCUCCUAAGUGCGUCGACAGGUGCGAUUUUUGCAAGGACAGGAAGAAGGUGCAGGAAAUGGUGGAACUGUUUCUGACCAAGAGCAUCCAGUUCAGCACCAGGAUGGCCCCGAACGACAUGGAUUAUGGGGAUUUGUACGGAGGCGGCAGGAAAGGCGCUAUCGAGGAGCGCGGGGACGCAGGAGACGACAGUGACGAGGAAUGCAGCCACGCAGCCUUUAAACGGGAGCAGGAGGCGAAGAAAGCCACCAACGAUUUCAUACAAAAGCAAUUCGCUUUGAGGAAGAACACCCAGGAAGUCUCUCAGGAUACCGUCGAGAAACUCUUCUCCAAGCACUCUCGUGUCAGAGCGGCCGCUUCCACCUCCAGCAAAGUGAAGGGGCUCACCCUGGCGAACAGGGAACUGUACCUGACGAGGAUCACCGACGUGCUGUACAAGAAUUACACGGAAUGCCAGGAGGAACCCACUCUGGAUAAGAAGGACGUGGAGGACUGCGCCGUGGACAUGGAGUACUCCAUUUUCUCCACUAACACCAACAUGACCAUGUACCGGAACGCCAUGGCCAAACUGGUAUCUAACACCAAACAGCUAACCGAUGACAAGAUUGUGCACGAGAACUUGCUCACGUUCGAACCCAAGCCCGCAAGACAUGAGACUUUGAGUGAUCUGUUCCGUAACAUUAAGAAGGACCAGUUUCUCAAACGGUACGAUAGUAGUGAUAGUAAACAGGAGGAAGUGACCGUCAAGACGGAUUUCAAGACGGCCAGGCAGGCUUUUGAUGAACUAAACAGGGCCAAGUUGGGAGGGGGUCAGUCGGUUAUUGGGGAUUUUUUCAAGAGAAGUGCCGAAGUGGGGGAAAGUGAGGUUAAAUCCGAAAUUUCCUACGAUACAGUGUCGGAUAGCGGGACGAGUGGUACCAUGAGUGACAAGUCUACGCCUCGUAAGGAUCUCAAGAGUCUCUUCGGGGACGACGACUCCGGAGACGAAGCAGUUGAGGAACGUAAGAAUUCCGAGCUCGAAUCGCCGAGCAGGGCGGACUCGUCUAAGAAACACAGCGACAGAGACAGUUCGAGGGAGAAGCACAGAGAGAAAGAACGCAGCGGUCACAGAGACAAGGACAGUCGACACAGGCACAGGGAAAAACACGAGGAAGACAGAAGACGCGACAGAGACGAAGACAGGAAGCGGAAAAAAGAAGAGACCUUCUCCGAUCCCUGCCCGAGCGAGAACAACAACAAAAACAGCGACUUGAUGGAACAAAGCUCUAUGGGGGACGACACUCCGAACGAAGCCUCCCACAGCCAUAAAGACAGACACCGACACAGGCACGAGGAGGAUAAGAAGAGGCGGAAAAGCUGCGACCGCGACGAAGACAGGAAACGAAGGAAGGAUGAUGACCGGUCCAGAGAGACAGCCGACCGUUGCCCGAGCGAAAACAACGACGGAAACAGUGAUCCCACAGGAGAAGACCGGAUUCGAAACGAAGUGCCCCACAGCCAUAGAGACAAUAACAAUGCGGAUGCGGUGCUGGAGAGUGAACGGCAGGUCGCGAGGCAGGAAGUGAGGGAGGUGGCACAGAGGAUCGAGGCGGUCAGGGUCGAUAGGCAAAACGGGGAAGGCAGCAGGCGGCAGAGGUUGAAGAAGACUGAAGUGGGAGGCCUGGUCGUUAAGUUGUUGACGCCGGCUUACGUCGAGAGGCGGUUCGAGUCCAGAGACAUCUUCAAGACUCUGGCGAGGAAUAUAUCUCAUGCCUUAGUUGAUAAAGAUGAAAACGAGAUACGGGAGUACGUCGAGAACUUCCUGAAGAGGAACGAAGAGAUCACUUCGCAGACGACCCUGUAAAUCUCGGUGUACAUCAUCCAAUGUAACCCUCAAACCCUAGACUUAAGCAGAAAAUCCACAUUAUUAUAUUUUUCUUAACGGAAAAGCUGGUUCUUAUCAUUUCGUAUUGUGAAUUCUACGAAAUUCCCUUACUUUUUAUGGUACUAGUGUGCCAUUACAAACCACCGACGAUAUUUCGAUGACUUUAUAAGGACCGUGGGCCGUCACGGAUUGGUUUUUGUGCUAUUUUUUUUUACCUGCUACUGGAAAGCUUUUAUUUUGGAGGCGAGCAACCACGGUAUCGAGUUUGGUGGGCCCGGUAGUAAGAGGAAACUAUGAUAUUACGUGUAGUCUUCCAGUUCGUGAGUGCUACGCUAUCGUGAGCGACGGUAAAGUGGCGUAGCGUUUUUGAAUUGUUAGGUUAGGGGGAGGGGAUGGACGGUAGUGUAAGUUGUGUUUAUACGCUCAUUUAUUAUUGUAUGUAUUUUUUUUUUAAGUCAUAAUUGCUAUCGUCUCGUUUAGGGACAUUUGUUUUUAGUAACGGAUCGGAGGACUUUUUGACGUUUUUGGGAGGUUUCUCGUGUUUCCCGAAAAGAUAGACGUGACACAGGUAAGGUUUUUUCGGGGUCAAUUUUUGAGGUUAACUGAACGCUAAACCGAGUUCCGAUGUUUUGAUUUGUUUAAAAUUGCCUUUUUUGUCAUGUACAAUAACUUUCUCAUAUUUCUCCAUGGGGGUAUUCUAUUCAACAUUAGAUUUGUAAUGUUUUUUUUUUUGUACAGGGUGUUCUAGAAAUAUAAGGUUUAAAUGGUCGUAAAGUGACUAGAAAAUUGAUAAAAAAUUUUGUUUUAACGGCGAGAGAAAAGAGAAAAAUUUC